GCUCCGACAGCAAGCCGAAGAAGACACAGGGCUUCUAGCGACGCUGCACAGCGGCAUCGCGGUAGUUCCAUGGGCAGUUUAAAAUCUGCCACAGCUAGAUUCUGAACUCUUCUCAUCCUGGAAUUGCUCGAUGCAAAAAAUAUUCACGGGAAUAUUAAAGAAACCACAAGCACAAUGGAUGGCUUUUAUGAUCAGCAGGUCCCUUUCAUGGUCCCUGGGAAACAGUGCAUGGAUGAAUGUCGAGGGAGGUCAUUGAAUGACAGAAAAAGGAAGUUUCAAGACACUGACUUGGCUCAUGAUUCUGAAGAAUUAUUUCAAGAUUUGAGUCAGCUGCAAGAGGCUUGGUUAGCUGAAGCCCAAGUUCCAGAUGAUGAACAGUUUGUUCCAGAUUUUCAGUCUGAUAACUUGGUAUUUCAUGCACCACCCCCUGCUAAGAUCAAGAGGGAACUCCACAGCCCUUCUUCUGAACUGUCCACCUGUAGCCAUGAACAGGUGCUCUGUGCUAAUUAUGGAGAAAAGUGCCUCUACAACUAUUGUGCCUACGAUAGGAAGCCCCCUACUGGGUUCAAGCCAUUAACUCCACCUACUACCCCAGCAUCACCUGCACUCCAGACCACCUCCCUUCCACCCCCACCUCUGCCAACCACACCUGUGCAAACCCCCACCCAUGUCGCCACCGCAGGCCCUUUGCAGGGAGUCCCACCUCCACCUUCUUCUCAUGCUCUUCAGGAACCAAGGCAGCAAACCUUUGCUGUACCUCGGCCACCUCAUCAGCCCAUUCAGAUGCCAAAGAUGAUGCCUGAAAACCAGUAUCCAACAGAACCCAGGUUUCAAAGACAAAUGUCUGAACCUUGCCACCCGUAUCCUCAGCCAGGGCUUUCUGGAGACAAUCGUCCUGUCUACCAUAGGCAAAUGUCAGAGCCUAUUGUCCCUGCUGCUACCCAUCCUCCUCAGGGAUUCAAACAGGAGUACCAUGACCCACUCUAUGAUCAUGGGGUCCCAGGCAUUCCAGGUCCCCCAACACAUGGAUUCCAGUCUCCAAUGGGAAUCAAGCAAGAGCCCAGGGACUACUGCAUCGAUUCAGAAGUGCCUAAUUGCCAGUCAGCAUAUGUGAGAGGAGGAGGCUACUUCCCCAACAGCCAUGAGGGGUUCUCCUAUGAGAAAGAUGCCCAAUUGUACUUUGAUGACACCUGUGUUGUACCAGAGAGGAUGGAAGGUAAAGUGAAGCAAGAACCCACAGUAUAUCGUGAAGGGCCUCCUUACCAGAGACGGGGGUCACUCCAGCUGUGGCAGUUCCUCGUCACGCUCCUUGAUGAUCCAGCCAAUGCCCACUUCAUUGCCUGGACUGGCAGGGGCAUGGAAUUCAAGCUGAUUGAGCCAGAAGAGGUAGCCCGUCGUUGGGGAAUCCAGAAGAAUCGGCCAGCUAUGAAUUAUGACAAGCUCAGUCGUUCUCUUCGCUACUACUAUGAAAAAGGCAUCAUGCAAAAGGUGGCUGGAGAACGGUAUGUCUACAAAUUUGUUUGUGAUCCUGAUGCCCUCUUCUCCAUGGCCUUCCCUGACAACCAGCGCCCAUUUUUAAAAGCUGAACCAGACUGCCACGUGAAUGAAGAUGACACCUUACCUCUGACACACUUUGAAGAUAACUCUGCAUACCUCCUGGACCCGGAUCACUGCAGCAACCUCCCCUAUGCCGAGGGCUUUGCUUACUGACUUGCUCAACAGUGGAAAACUGAUGUUAGAGACUCCAACUCCAACUAAUAAGGGCAAAUGGUUUUUGUAAAGAAUUUCUGAUGUUCAUUUAAAACAAAAAACAAAAACUGCUCUUUGCAAAUAUUAUCAGAAGAGCCUAAAAUAUGUCAGGGCCCUCCAACUUGAAGAUAAGACAAUAGCAUGGCUAGCAAGUAGGACCCUCCAGUUGCUGAUUGCUUCGGCUGCAGCCAUGAAGAGUGACUGCGGGGAAGGGGUGGUAGUCCAGUGGGGAUGCCUUCUGGGCCCUGUGGCUAGGGGCGUGUGUGACGUACAAGUUUGCAGGACUGGUAUAGACCGGACAUGAGUAAAUUGUCAAGAAAAUAUGCUAUGUAACGACGACAAUCCUUGUAUCUACCUUGUAUAAUGGAAAGGGCUUGGAUUUGCAGCAGGAAGGAAGAUCAGGUGCAGUGUAAGCCCUUCUGGAAUGGGUCAUGGAUUAGUGAGGUGCUUCUGGGAUGCCUGAAUUAGCCCGGCCCACUCUGGGCUCUCAGUGCACAGCUCUUCAAUCUGAGGAAGCCUUUUCUUCCAGUUCUUUCCUUUUUUAAAUUUGAUUUUGCAUUCAUGUCUUGGCCUGUAAUAAGCAACUCACACUAAAGGACAGCACUUAAAGCACCAGAUCCCCAUGAGCCCAGUGGACCUUGGCCGCCCUCUCCAUUACAAGGCUGUGCAUGGAUGGCUUGUUGCUUUUAGUGGGGGACAUGGGGAGGGGGAUUAGCCAGGACUCUUUUUAUGCUGAGGGGCAACAUUUGUAACCAGAUUUUUGUAGAUUUUUUGUACCUAAGGCAGUUACUCCUUUUGGCAGCGCUGCCACUUUCUUGCUUCGGGUGGCACCCAUGCAAAGGGUGCUUGAUCUUAUGGCAGGGUGGCGGAGGAGGCCCCGCAGGUAUGUAAUGCUAGGCAGCCCCAGCCAUUGAACUCCCCCGGGUGGCCCAGUUCCAACCUGACGGCAGCAUACUGUCUUCUUACUGCAGAGCUUACCUGUUUUCAGCUCUCCCCGAGUGCGUGAGCCAGAGACACAAAAGGUGUACACAAACAUACCUGUAGCCUAACUGUAAGUUGUGCUACACUCUUUUCAGAUGCUUCAUGCAAGUUGAAUAUUUUAAGAGGAUUUUUUUUAGAAGACAAACCCCCCCAUAACUUGGAUUUGUAAAAAUUUAAAGAAGGGGAGGAGGUGCAAGUUGUUCAGUGUGGGUGUAUACACACACGCGUACGCACGCACACACACAUAUAUAUAUAUCUGGAUCCUUCAGAAAUUCUUCUGACCCUCAUUGGAAUGCACCUGUAAGAUGCUUGACCCAAAUAUUAUUACCUUUCCCUACAGGCUCCUACCGUAUUUUUCGCUCUAUAAGAUGCACCUGACCAUAAGACGCACCUAGUUUUUAGAGGAGGGAUCCAUGGAAA